AUGGCAGAGUGGAGCCCCAUCGCCAAGGUGUACGACCCGCUCAAAGCCGGGAGCAUCGACGGCACCGACGUGGAGCCCCACGACCGGGCCGUGUGGAGGGCGAUGUGCGCCCGCUACAAGCCUAACAAAGGCGUCGUAGGAGACCCGCUGCUCACUCUCUUCGUGGCGCGACUCAACCCGAUGACCACCGAGGAUAAACUUCACCAGGUCUUCUCCAAAUUCGGCGAUAUUAAGCGGCUCCGGCUGGUUCGCGAUAUCGUCACGGGCUUCUCCAAGCGCUACGCUUUCGUCGAGUACAAGGAGGAGCGGGCCGUGGUGCGAGCCCGCCGGGACGCCAACAAGCUGGUCGUCGACCAGCAGGAGUUGUUCGUGGAUUUCGAGCUGGAGCGAACCCUCACAGGCUGGAUCCCCAGGCGGCUCGGCGGCGGGCUGGGGGGCAAGAAGGAGUCCGGCCAGCUGCGCUUCGGCGGCAGGGAUCGACCCUUCCGGAAGCCCAUCAACCUCGUCGCCGGAACUUCGCAGCAGGAGUGGCCGGGUGGUGGACGCAGGGAGUGGGAGAGGUCCGGAUGGCGAGACCGGGACAACAGAGACAGCCGAGAUAACCGGGACCGAGACAGGGACGAGAGGGGGAGCAGGGGGAGGGAGGACAGCCGCUACCGUGACAGGAGCAGGCACCGAGACAGGAGAUGAAACUUUACGAAAAA